AUGGGCUUAGAAAUGCUCCCGGACGAAGUCAUCCUUUCCCUAACCAACCAAUGGCCAUGCAGAGACUUGCAGAUCAAAACUCUCUCUGCCCUCCUCUCUCCUAGAAUGAACAGUUCGGGAACUUUGGUGAUACAUGGCUCAGAGGCCACUGGAAAGACGGGCCUACUGAAAUCCUAUCUGGAGCUUUCUGGUCUCAAACAUGCUUUUAUUCCAUGCUCCGAGUGCAUUACAAGCCGCCAUUUCUUGGAGCGGACUCUGGCGGCUUGUGUAGAAGCAAUUGAAACAGCGACCGACACAUCUCUAGACGGCAUCAUUCCCUCAAGGUGUGAGAAUAUUAGCACCUUGACAAGCUCUCUAGAACGUCUUUUUGAACCCGUCGACAAGUUUGUACUGGUUCUGGACGGCAUCGACGAGCAAAGAGAAGCUCCUCCGACUCUACUGCCAUCUCUAGCACGUCUUGGUCAUCUGAUUCCCGGCCUCAGCGUUGUGAUGAUUGUCACAUUUCCUCAUCCACGUCUCCUUCAUCUUCCAGGUGCACCGCACGUUUACUUUUCACCUUAUACCCGUGAACAAGCCAUCCAAAUCGCUUCUUGCCAACCGCAACACAUCUUCAAUGAGCCUCUGUCACCAUCUGCGAACUAUCCGGAAGAGCUCGCGGCUGAAGAUGAUGCAUGGCUUUGGUCGCGAUUUUGUGCUGCUGUCUGGGAUUCAUUGGCAAGCGGUGCAGCUCGAGACAUCGUCACCUUCAGAUCCAUCCUUGACAGACUCUGGCGGCCCUUUGUACAACCAAUUGUCGAUGGCACCUACGGUACUCGAGAUUUCAGCAAGCUUAUGGUAGCGCAACGCAAACUCUUCCAAGCGGAAAGCUGUCUGCUGGAUUCUGUUAUCGAUGAGCCUCAAGAGGAUACGAACAUACUCACAGAUGUCACCCAUGAUCUGCCCUACUACUCAAAGUGGCUGCUAUGUGCUGCGUAUCUCGCAUCCUUCAAUCCACCGCGUCAAGACAACAUCUACUUCAUGAAGGCGACAGAACGAAAGAGGCGUAGAAAAGGAGGCGGUGCCGUUGCCAGCCGUGAAUCAAAGAAUCGAAAGAUCCCAAGACAUCUUCUUUCACCUAGCCCCUUUCCGCUCGACAGGCUACUUGCCAUCCUUCACGCAGUGCUGCCGCAUGAUCUUACGCCGACAAUGGACGUUUACACGCAAUUGGCAACUUUGUGUUCUCUGAGAUUGCUCUUGAGAACGGCAGUCGUUGGUGGGGAUGUGCUGGAGCCAGGCGCCAAGUGGAAGGUCAACUUUGGUUGGGAGUACGCAUUAAAGUUGGCUCGUAGUGUAGGCUUUGAUAUAACAGAUCAUGUAGCUGAAUGA